UUUCCCCGCUUCUUGCAAACGGUCGAUCUGCAGAUCUCAUCCCUCUUGUUCGCCGUCAGAACCAUUCGUCGGUCGUUCCCCUUCUCUUUGACAAAGCUUCUGAAACGUCCCAUCAUCCACAGAGUUCUGUCAUCCCCAGCCGAUCAUGGGCUCCCAUCUAACCGUGCCGAGGCCCCCCCUCUCAAAACGUGUUUGCCGAUCCCCGCCACUCAACGUGCCUCUUCGCCAGCCUGUCAGGUCAGGUCACCCAGAGAAACUCUGAGAGCUUGCAGAGAGGUAGGGUGGCGAGCUGGCGAAACGGGGGAAGCAUACGCAGUAGAAAAGAAAAGGCACCUUUCAGCCCUAAACUCAAUGCUACUCGGCAUACUGCGACAGCUGCCCCUAGAAGGCAUCUUCCCACGGCGAUCGCGUUUCCACUGGUACUCCUGCCACACGAUCACCGUCGCAUUCCAGGUGACAGAGUCCGCAGAUCUGAAUAUCGCCCCGCGCGAUAAACCUCUCCAGUGGUCUCUUGUGGUGAUAGAUGCCCCUUUCGCCGCCAGAAGAGUUAUCUUCUCCCUGCCGAUCGCGGAAACAAGCCAGGGGCAAGCUUCUGUCUCGCGUGGCGACAGCUCGCCGCCUGGCCACCCGUAG